AUGACAAUAAAACCAUGGUGGUUCCGGCAAAAUCUUGGGCGGGAAAUGCAAAAGGCCGGUGGUUUGCAUGAGUUUAUUUUACACUACAAAGGUCAGGUUUUUCAGAUAAGAAAGGUGGACGCUGAAGAGUACUCUCGUGUGGUUCUCUUGUCUGAUAUGACUAAUGUCUUGUAUAAUGAUCCCGACUUAUGGAAAGUGUUAGAUUGUUGUAUAACUGCUGAAGUGCCUGGGAGGACUGAAAAGAUGCUGUUGCUUUUGGAUGAUCCCGAGGGUGGUAAUUUAGGUGGUUCUAAUUUGCAUGUAAGUAAGGAUUCUGGACUUUGUGAGAAGAGCCAUCACUUGGAUGAGAAUUCUGGAAAUAUGACUGCUAGUGGUUUUGAAAUGUGGAAUGGUGUUGAUGUAGGAUAUUCAGACAAUUAUGGUGGUUUAUUAUUAAGUGGAUUUGGUAGCUCACAGGUCACUAUCAAUGGUGGUUGUGAAGACCCUAAUCUAGCUAUGGCCGAGAACUUCAACACAAAUGGUGUAAACAUUGUUGGAGCUAAUGUCAAUACUUUUCUAAAUGUCCCUGAAGUGAAGCAGAAGCGAGACACAUCUGCAAAUGAUUAUAUAUGUGAAAAUGGUGACUUUGGUACAUCUCAAAAUGUUGGGUUUAGACUAACUGCAAAUGGUGACACUGGAACUUGUGAAAGCUUCAGGGAAAAUACACAACUAGCUGGGGAAGAUGUAACUAAUGCCAAUGGGGAAGAAGAGCAAAAUGAUGAGAGUGGUGAAACAGAAGAAGAAGAAAUUAGUGAUUGCAAUGAUUCCGACGAGGAUUUUGAUGAUGAUCCCUUCAAUGGAUGUGUGAAUAGGAAGGCCCUAUAUGAGUACUCCAUAUCGUGGGGAUUCACUAUUAUCAAGUUUGUAAAUGAGAAGACAAGAGUCACAUCAUACUCUAAUGGUGAAGAAUGUAACUGGAGGGCACAUGCUUCUGUAUGUCCUGAUGGUGUUACAUGUGCUGUGAAGACAUGUCAACCAAUUCAUACAUGCCAAGUUAAUCCAAAUCUGACCGCUUCAGUAAGGUGGAUGGCUGAGAAAGUCCUAGACUUAGUUAGAGCUGAUCGGGGUGUAAAGAUUGAUAUUCUCAGGGAUUCUUUGAUAAAAUUGGGGGUACACCCAUCAAAUAAGCAGCUCUUUAGAGCAAGAACAUUGGCAACUGAGAUGUUAGAUGGCAAUCAUGGAGAGUCUUGGAAAUUGCUGCCUACAUACUUUGAAAUGGUAAAACAAAGUAUUCGGGGGACUGUGGUGAAGAUAGAGUAUAAAAUGCAACCUGGUAAAACUAUCCCUAAUAUCAUGAGAGCAUUUUUAGGGUUUAAACCUCUUGCAAAUGCGGGACGAAUUGAUGCUGUGGAUGAUAAGGUUCCACAUGCCAUUCAUAGAAACUGCAGCCAUCACAUUCUCUCAAAUUUCAGAUCUAGAUUUCCAGAGGCUACUUUGUGGGUAUAUGAUGUAACCCCAAGAGUUAUAAAACAGCUCAAAGCAAAUGCACAAGCCUCAAGAACUCUGAAAUUUUGGUGUUCCCAAGACAAACUUUUCGAGGUUAGAGAAGAAAAUAAGUCGUUUGUAGUCAAACUUGAUGAAGGCUAUUGCAAUUGUAAGGAAUGGAACCAUACUGGAAUUCCCUGUAGGCAUGCAUGUGUGGUGAUACUUAAUAGAAGAGAAAAAUCGGAAUCAUAUUGCGAUUCAAGUCUUUCUAAGACAAACUAUUUGAGGACAUACAACCAGACCAUGUUACCAGUGAAAGACCAAUCCUUUUGGCUAGAGUUUGCAUCCCCACAAUGCCUUCCUCCUCUGACAAGAAGAAGAUCUGGAAGGCCGACAAAUAAAAGAAAAAAAUCUGCUCAUGAAGAGCCAAUGAAGAGAUCAUCUAGGGGCAAGUGUGGAAAGUGUGGUGAAUAUGGACAUAAUACGCGAACUUGUGCUGGUGGACCUGUAAAGACUAGAAAAGGUUACAGCAACAAAAAACUACAGAAUGCAAAUGGAGCUGCUGCAAGGGGUAAAACUAAAGCUGCUGCAAGGGUUGAGAAUGGAGCUGGUACAAGAGGAGUUGCUAGAAAUGGAGGUGUUGGAUGUGAUGGUGGUGGGAAUGGAUCUACUAGAAAUGCUUUUGCUGAAAUUGGAGUAACUGUCAAUGCUACUGGAGUUGGAAUUAUUGAGGCUGGGAUUGGAGUAACUAGAAACUUUACUGGUAGUGAAAGCCAACCAAAUGUUCCUCUUACUCAAUCAAGCCAGACAAAUGGCUCAGUUCAAAGACCUAGUGGCUCACAUCAUAGUACUAAUCCAAGCCAAGUUGUCAAUCCUGGAAGAAACAAAAGAAAACGGGCUGUCAAAAAUACUCAGGUUGACAAUAGUGUUUUUCCAAGUUUAAGCUUUGUUCCUGAUUUGAAUUGCUACAGUGCAACUGCUGGUGAAGGUUCUACCAAGUAUAAAGCUAAAGAAAGGCAAGAAGGUUCGGUAGUGGAACCUCAGCUAGGGUUUCCUGCAAAAGAAGGCUUCGAGGAUCUCCCGAGGGUAGACACUUUGAUGUUUAAGUCAGAAAAGGGUUUAAAGAAAGAUUGGUAUAUGGUGAAGAGAAACCUUGUGUCAGGCUCUCGAAAGAUAGUAGAAGCCUAUAGUGGGUCUUGCAUUUGGAAACCCAAUUUCCUUGACUUAGAGAAACUCGAGAGAUAUCCCAAGAUACUAGGAUAUGGAGCAGUGCAGCAUUUCGUUCCUGUCAUGCCAAUCGAGGGAUUAGAAGCUGACAAAAUCCUCGGUGUCCCCUUCAAGGAAAAGGAAGAUGAUCACAGUCAUGAUGAACUAUGCCAAGAGGUCCAGGGACCUAAGAGGAUGCUAUCAUCAGGGGGGAUGAUCACUACUGUGGAAGAGAUUAACAUUGCCUCGAUGGCUUAUGGGGGCCACGCGGUUGCCGUCGAGGGUCUGAAGUCAGAAAAGCCUAUAAAGGCUAAGUGGCUAAAGCAAUUUCUGAAGGAAAACCCAAAGAAGACCACGUAUGAGGCCUUGGUCCGGGGUCUUUGCAAACUAACCACAGGUCAGCUACCCCUAGGUCCUGGUGAGGAAUCGGCAGUAACUAAGGUCUCCGACGAGGAUUUUGGAAUUGAUCUCGAGGAAGAUGAAGAUGAGACUGUCGAGGAGGAUGACAUAGGCAAUUCAGGUGCCAAGGACCAAGAUCCCCCAACCGUGAGAGAUACUGGAGGAGCCGAGGAAGGGAAUCCCUCUAUCGAGGAAUCAUCUAAAGACCAACCAAGGAAUGACUCUCGUUCUCAGAUUGUUCGAUUCAGGCAAAAAGAAGAAGAAUAUCAACACCGCCUUCAGCAAUAUGACCUCGAUUAUCAGGAUUCCCUGAUCCUGGAGGCAAAUAUAAAUGAAGAAAUGGCGAAUUUAAGGAAUGAGAAGGCCCAACUAAAGCACCGUGAAAGAAUCACGGUUUCCCCAUGGUUUCUCAAGAAGUUCCACAUCCUUUCACUUGUAGAGAAACAAAUUCAAAACAGGACAGAAUGCUUCAUCGCUGCCAUCGAGAUGCUGAAGAAAAGGACUAAAGAGGCUAAAUUUUAUUCGAGACAAUCUGUCGUCCUACAGAACAUUCUGGUCGAUCAUGAAAUCCCGCUUCCCAUUCUCGAGGGUCUGGAUGAACACGAGAAAGCUCAUGAGAGGACGGCUGCCGAAGAAUUCCUUCUUAGGCUCGAUGAGCAAGAUUGGGAAAUUGCCGACUUGAAAGACAAAUUGAACUAG